AUGAACACGGAUGGCUUUGGAACCAUACCGAAAUGGGAGCGACACGGGACUCUAUUUUAUCACCGUUAUGGUGAACCAAGACCAUCUGAAAAAUUAGCAAUCUUCGAUAUGGAUAGCACAUUAAUGUUGACACCGAGUACACUAGUGGGAGAACUGGUCAAGGGAAAUAAACCAUUGAUCAACAAACCAGCUGUACCAAACGAUUUCAUAUUAUACCAUACAAAUGUCAAACAAAUGUUACAACAAGAAAUACAAAAUGGAAAAGCUAUACUCAUAUGCUCUAAUCAAAGUCAACUAUUCUUAAAACCGCAACUAUCCAAACUCAUAUUCGAACGAAUACGUUUACUAUUAGAAAAAUUAGACAUACCACUAUAUAUCAUGUUGGCAACCCAAAAGGAUUUCUAUAGAAAACCGGCAUGUGGGAUGCUGGAAUUCUAUGAAAAGCACCUUAAUGGAUAUAUCAAAAUAGAUAAAACACAAUCAUUCUAUGUAGGUGAUGCCGCAGGCAGGACAUGGACACCGGAGCUAAGAGACCAAAAUGUUCAGCGAAUAUUGGCUCUACUAAAGGCAGAAGAUUUCAGUGAUCGAAAUUAUGUGAGAUUGAACGGUCGUACACUUGAAAAAACUAAUGCAAAUGAUAUUAUAGCACAAUUAAAACCAGCUACUCUCAAAGCUAAAUUUGAUGUUGACUUCUCAGAUUGUGAUUAUAAGUUCGCACUUAAUAACGGGCUACAAUUUUAUACACCGGAAGAAUAUUUUGCAAAACUACCGAAAGUUAGACCCACCAUCACAUUCGACCCUAGAAAUAUAGGGACCAACAGUGUCAACAUAGAUGUUAAAGACGGGAUGGUAGUUAUAGUGGGACCUCCUGCUGGAGGAAAGACGUUCUUAUGUGACCACUAUUUGCCAUCGUUUACACGUAUAAACGUUGAUGAUAUGAGAUCAAGAACUAGCUGCAUCAAGAAAGUAACUGGUCAUCUGAAAGAAAGUGACAACGUAGUCCUCGAUGGACUUAACUGCACAAAAAUACAGCGGCAAGAGUUCAUUACCGUCGCUCGCGAACUCCAUGUAAAAUCGACAAUCAUAUUCCUAGACGUCAGCACGGAUUUCGCAAUACAUUUCCAUAGGUAUAGGAAGCUAACGGAACCCAAGACGAGACACAAGACAACGCAAGAUACAAUAUAUCGCUAUUACAGAAAAUUGGAAAAACCCACAAUCGAUGAAGGAUAUGAUAAAUUCAUACAUAUUACAGACGAAAGUUACCCUGUAAUGCACGAUACAGUUUCCAAAUUGUUCCUACCGUAA